CGGGUGGUAGGCCCGGGCCGUUCCGCCGGACAUCGGCGGUCUUCCAAAACCGCAGAGUUCAGUGGCAUUCAGUGAUUUUCAAUCACCGUUCAUGCACUGGACUUGUCUACCCCCACCACCUCGUCGAUGAACUGAGCUUCACUCUCUUGCACCAUGUACCACAACAACUCUAUCCGGAUCCUCACGGGCAAUAGCCAUCCCGAUCUCGCGAACAGCGUGUCGGAGAGGCUCAACAUCCCCCUCGUCCCCUGCACCGUCAAGAAGUUCUCCAACGGCGAGAUCAACGUCAAGAUCUCCGAGUCCGUCCGCGACGAGGACGUCUUCAUCCUCCAGACCGGCUGCGGCGACGUGAACGACAACCUGAUGGAGCUCCUCAUCCUCAUCUCCGCCUGCAAGACCGCCUCCGCGCGCCGCAUCACCGCCGUCAUCCCCUCCUUCCCCUACGCGCGCAUGGACAAGAAGGACGCCUCGCGCGCGCCGAUCACCGCGAAGCUCGUCGCGAACAUGCUCACCACCGCGGGCGCGGACCAUGUCAUCACGAUGGACCUCCAUGCGAGCCAGAUCCAGGGCUUCUUCGACAUCCCCGUGGACAACUUGUAUACGGAGCCGCUCUUCAUCUCGUACAUCAAGCGCCACAUCCCGGAUUGGAGGAACAGCAUCAUUGUGUCGCCGGAUGCGGGUGGUGCGAAGAGGGUGACCGCCAUCGCCGACAAGCUCGGCGUCGAGUUCGCCCUCAUUCAUCGCAAGCGCAACGGCCGGUCAAAAGACGCACCAGAGACGAUGGAAAUCCUAGUCGGCGACGUACAAGACAAGGUCGCCAUCCUCGUCGAUGACAUGAUCGACACCGGCAUCACCCUCCAACUCGCCGCCAAGACGCUGCACGAAAAGGGCGUCAAGGCCACCUACGCCAUCAUCUCUCACGGCCUCCUCUCGGAAACAAAAUUGAGCGUCAUCAACCAGCUCCCCAUAGUGGAGCUUGCGGUCACCAACACCGUCCCGCAGCUGCAGCACAAGGCGCUCUGCCCCAAGCUCGUCGCCAUCGACAUCAGUCCAACGAUCGCGGAGAGCAUCCGGCGGAUGCACAACGGCGAGAGCAUCAGCCUGUUGUUUGGCGAGUGGGGCGAGCCGGGGAGUGUGCCAGUGUUGUAGUGGGGCGUGUGCCGGUGUCGUAGUGGGCAUGUGCCGGUUUUGUAGUGGACGGCAAGAUGGGGAGAUGGGCGCGAGGUGCGCGUGUAGGGAUAGAUUGACUUUGUUUGUAUACUUAGAGCUCGUGGCAAGCCAUGUAAUUGUUGUCAAAUCUCGCAUGCAUACGGCCGACGUCAGGAGCAUACCAGUACAGUUUGGAUCUCAUCACAGCGCCUCAAGCCGCGCGGUAACGUCCUCCAUCAUCUUCUGAGCCUCUGUCAAAGCCAUCAGCAACCUCAACCUCUCACCUUACGCAGCAUAUGCCCACACUCACCCUCCAAAACCCUCCCCUCCGAAAACUGCACCGCAUGAUACAACGCCUCCUGCGCUCCCUCCAGCAUCUU